GCCGGGGGAGGGAGCGCUGCGCUCGCACCAGCUGUUUCCCGCCUUGAGCGGCAGAGGCGCGGCGCGCUCAGCUGGGGCCGGCGCCCGCAUGGAGUACUUCAUGGUGCCCGCGCAGAAGGUGCCCGCGCUGCAGCACUUCAGGAAGUCGGAGAAGGAGGUGAUCGGCGGGCUCUGCAGCCUGGCCAACAUCCCACUGACCCCAGAGACCCAGCGGGACCAGGAGCGGCGAAUACGCAGAGAAAUUGCAAACAGCAACGAGCGAAGGCGGAUGCAGAGCAUCAAUGCCGGCUUCCAGUCUCUAAAAACCCUCAUUCCACACACAGAUGGGGAGAAGCUCAGUAAGGCGGCGAUUCUCCAGCAAACAGCUGAAUACAUCUUCUCUCUGGAGCAGGAGAAGACUCGGUUACUGCAGCAGAACACACAGCUCAAGCGGUUCAUCCAGGAGUUCAGUGGCUCCUCUCCGAAGCGGCGGCGGGCGGAGGACAAGGACGAGGGCAUUGGCUCGCCGGACAUCUGGGAGGAUGAGAAGGCAGAGGAUCUGCGCCGAGAAAUGAUCGAACUCCGACAGCAGCUCGACAAGGAGCGGUCGGUCCGCAUGAUGCUGGAGGAGCAGGUGCGCUCCUUGGAGGCCCACAUGUACCCUGAGAAGCUCAAGGUGAUCGCCCAGCAGGUGCAGCUCCAGCAGCAGCAGGAACAGGUGAGAUUGCUGCACCAGGAGAAGCUGGAACGUGAGCAGCAGAUCCGAACGCAGCUCCUGCCGUCACACGGUCCCCCAGCACCCACCCAUCAUCCCACUGUGAUUGUACCAGCGCCGCCUCCUUCCCAUCACGUCACCGUGGUAACCAUGGGCCCAUCCUCCGUAAUCAACACAGUCUCUACAUCCAGGCAAAACCUGGACACCAUUGUUCAGGCAAUUCAGCACAUUGAAGGGACGCAGGAAAAGCAGCUGCAGGAGGAGGAGCAGAGGCGUGCGGUCAUCGUGACGCCUGUCCGGGCGUGCCUGGAGCCCUCCAAUUCUGACACCGCCUCCGACACAGAGGGGGAUGACAGUGACUCCAUGGAUCAGAGCAAGGAAGAUCCCUCAGGGGAGGGGGAGCUGCCCUGACCCCCCCAGCCAGCAGCAGGGAAAGGGGUGGGACUGGGGAGGGGAAUGUCAGAGAAUAUGCUGAAAUUUUUAAAAAAUACAAUGCGAUUUGGGUCUCUUUUAUGACCUUUUUCAAUACUGUAAAUCGGAGCGCUAGAACCAGAUACGCUGAAAGUUCAUGCUGCAGUUGAAAGCAAACCGGGGGGG